GAGGUCCUCCACGUGCAGACUAACCCAUAAGCGUGUUGUCGAGCGCUGCGCUCGUGUUAAUGCUCCGCGCACGUGUCUCUCCUCCGCUCAGUGGCAGGACCGAGGAGGAAAAGCCCUAAUGCGGUUGACUAAACCGCAGCUAUGGUCGUGCAUGCUGUUCACUGGUUUCGGAAAGGACUGCGCCUUCAUGACAACCCGGCUCUGCAGGAAGCUCUGGCGGGCGCGGACACUGCGCGCUGUGUUUAUGUUUUGGAUCCGUGGUUCGCCGGUGCGGCCAAGGUGGGAGUGAACCGGUGGAGAUUUCUGCUGGAGUCAUUAGAGGAUCUGGACGCGAGUUUAAGGAAACUGAACUCAAGGCUGUUUGUGGUACAAGGACAGCCUGCAGAUGUGUUUCCCAGACUCUUCAAGGAGUGGAACGUGACCCGGCUGACGUUCGAGUAUGACUCGGAGCCAUAUGGUAAAGACAGAGAUGGUGCCAUCAUUAAGAUGGCCCAGGAGUUUGGAGUGGAAACCAUAGUGAGACACUCACACACGCUCUAUAACCCAGACAGGGUGCUGGAGAUGAACGGCGGCAACCCACCUCUGACGUUCAAGCGUUUCCAGGCCUUGGUGAACCGGCUGGAGCUGCCCAAGAAGCCGUUGCCCACCGUGACGGCAGAGCAGCUGGCCGGCUGCCGCACGCAGCUCGCCGAUGACCACGACGAGCGCUACAGCGUGCCCUCGCUGGAGGAGCUGGGCUUUAAGAAUCCAGGGAAGGGAGCAUCAGUAUGGAAAGGGGGUGAAACUGAGGCUCUGGAGAGACUCGGUAAACACCUGGACAGAAAGGCUUGGGUGGCGAAUUUUGAGCGUCCUCGAAUCAAGGCCCACUCCUUGUUCGCUAGCGCCACGGGCCUGAGCCCUUACCUGUGCUUUGGGUGCCUCUCCUGCCGUGUGUUCUACCACCACCUGAGGGAGCUCUACCUGAAGCUCCGGAGGCGCUCCAGCCCCCCCCCCUCUCUCUUCGGCCAGCUGCUGUGGCGGGAGUUCUUCUACACGGCCGCCACCAACAACCCCAACUUUGACCGCAUGGAGGGGAACCCCAUCUGUGUGCAGAUCCCGUGGGAUCACAACCCGGAGGCGCUGGCCAAGUGGGCGGAGGGCCGGACCGGCUUCCCCUGGAUUGACGCCAUCAUGACCCAGCUGAGGCAGGAGGGCUGGGUCCACCACCUGGCACGCCACGCCGUGGCCUGCUUCCUCACCCGCGGAGACCUGUGGAUCAGCUGGGAGGAGGGCGUGAAGGUGUUUGAGGAGCUGCUUCUGGAUGCCGACUGGAGCGUGAACGCCGGCAGCUGGAUGUGGCUAUCCUGCAGCUCCUUCUUCCAGCAGUUCUUCCACUGCUACUGCCCCGUGGGCUUCGGCCGCCGCAUCGACCCCAACGGAGACUACAUCCGGAGGUACGUCCCGCAGCUGAAGGACUACCCCGACCGCUACGUCUAUGAGCCGUGGAACGCCCCGGAGGCCGUGCAGAGGGCCAGCGGGUGUGUGGUGGGCGUGGACUACCCCAAACCCAUGAUCAACCACGCCGAGAGCACGCGCCUCAACAUCGAGAGGAUGAAGCAAGUCUACCAGCAGCUGUCGCACUACAGAGGCCUUAGUCUUCUUGCAUCUGUGCCCACCAUACAGGAGGAGGCCGAGCCUCUGCUGUCUGAUGACUCUCAGGCCGGCAGCAGUGCCCUGCCCACAGGCUCCGGAUGCAGAAGCUUUGUGUCUCUGUCCACAGAAGGCGGGGACACCCCAGAUUCCAGCAGACCAGCCCGACUAACCCCAGUGCAGCGACUGCAGUGACCAUCCAGACACACAGGAUGCACAGGGUGGCUACCAGGCAAGAUGAGCGAGGGGACGAGGCUCGGCCCAGCGGACUGUCCCAAGGGCUUCGGGUGUAAGACUAGGCCCGGUAGUGCAGGAACCAUCACUAUAGCUCCGCUGCACCAUGAAGCCUGCCUGACCACGCCCACCGGUCCCCAUAACAGGACCAGCAGAGGAGCCAAUGAAAAGCCAGCUUUUAGCAUUGUGUGUGUGUGUGUGUGUGUGUGUGUGUGUGUGUGUGUGUGUGUGUGUGUGUGUGUGUGUGUGUGUGUGUGUGUGUGUGUGUGUGUGUGUCAGUUAGGCAGGGCUGCAGCUUACUCUGGUCUCACAUUCUGCAUAAUGUUUUUAUUAUUAUUUUAUGGUUUGAAACCUCUUCGACUGCUCAGAGUGAGUUUUCAGACACAUUUGACAUGCGUCAUUCAGGAGGGGUGUGUGUGAGGGAUCAUUCUGUCGUUCAGUCAGAGGUACACAGCUUUCCUCCUCUAGCCUGCUUUGGCAAGGGGCUGCACUACUACGGUCAAUCGCUAAACGUAAAAACAUUCAUAAACCAUUAUGUUUUAUUAAAACAACAUGCGGAGACAGUGAGGUGGUGGAUAUGUGUUCAAACAGCAAUAUUUUUAACAUUUUUGUGACCUAUUCACAACCCCACAUCACUCUACAUCUGAACCAAACAAUGUUCACUUAGCCUGAAUGUGUUACCAGGGGCUGUUUUUCCUAAGUUAUUUAAAUAUUAAUUAAAAGUAUAAAAAUGAAUUUGGUCAGAUUUAACCUCAGUUGGCUUUUUCAAAACUGAUCACCAGGUUUCUGAUCUUGGAGAUUUGUAUCUGGAUUUCAUAGUUCAGUCCUACCUUUAUGUAGGAUUAAAUGAUACAGCUACUUGUUAACAUAAUGCCAAGAUCUGGAAAAAUGUAAUAAAUAACAUUUGGAUUUUCAUUCCAGCUUGUGAGAUCAAUUCAAGCAGGACUGACAAAGUGCUGGAAGUGAUUUAAAACGCACACUAAGUCAGUCAGAAAAACCACUCUCAACUUAUUGUCAUUCAUAUCUCUCUCUCUCUCGCUCUCGCUCUCGCUCUCGCUCUCUGUGAUACAAGCUGAUUGCAAUGACCCCAAACAGCUUCUGUAACUGGAUGGUGUUGGUUUGGGAGUUUCCUGUUCAAUCAUCAGCCAUCCGACAUGUGUGAAGCCCAAAACCCAUGCAAGCAGUUAGGGGCAAGGUCCUUGGUGAGUCUUCAACCCCUUCUAGACUUGCUUGUUCCAUGCACCCAGAUCCAGAAAUAUAUAUCUUGUUACAUCUGCAUUUGUUUUUGCUUUGUUUUUUUCUAGACUGAACCUUUUUUGAAAACCUGGCAAAAAAAAAUUGUGCAAUAUUUUGAUCAUUAAUAAGAAAAGGAGAUGUUUGAAUCAAAGACAAUUCUUAUUGAAAAUAGGGUUUGAAAAACUAGCCCCAAGUGAUUGGUUAAUUGACCAUAUGUAGGCCACCCACUCUCACUUAGCCCCACCCCUGGGGGGGAGGGGGAGGGGAUAGAUAGAUAGAUAUAUAAAAUUACACACAUGCAUACAUACAUUCCACACGAACAUGUGCAUUGAUGUUAAGUUAAGGUCCCUCAAGCAAUGUGGAAAAGCUUUAUUAAUCUGGUUUUUGUUUUGUACAAGAGUCUAUUUUUCUUGAAAGCAUAGCCUGGAUGGUGAUCUGUUCUGUUUGUAGGCAGUAAUUUAUUGAAGCAUCAUCUUUGCAUGUUGUAAGCAAUGAGACAAUGUUUCUGCAAUAUACUGCGUCCACGUUGUUUUACUGUACACUAAAUUAUAUACAAAAUAAAAUUUCUGAACCCA